AGCUCCGCUUACGCAGGAACCUACAAGCUACUUUGGCGGCCUGCGAGCGACCUAGUGUGUUGUGGCCCGCGCGUUCUGAAAUCGUUCUGCUGGGCUGCGGCGGGGGCUGCUGAACGGGAGUGUCCUGGGGCGUCUCGUGCUCCGGCAGUGUUUUCCUUUCCAUUGGAGCGGAGGUAAAGUGCUGCCAUGACGGCCCCUGCUCAGCCCAAGAAAAUCGUGGCCCCCACGGUGUCCCAGAUCAACGCGGAGUUCGUGACCCAGUUAGCAUGCAAGUACUGGGCUCCCCAUAUCAAGAAAAAGUCACCUUUUGACAUAAAGGUCAUUGAAGAAAUAUAUGAGAAAGAGAUUGUCAAAUCAAGGUUUGCCAUCAGAAAGAUAAUGCUUUUGGAAUUUAGCCAGUAUCUUGAGAAUUAUCUCUGGAUGAAUUAUUCUCCCGAGAUGUCCAGCAAAGCCUAUUUAAUGUCCAUCUGCUGUAUGGUGAAUGAGAAAUUCAGAGAAAAUGUCCCUGCAUGGGAGACAUUUAAGAAGAAGCCAGACCACUUUCCCUUUUUUUUCAAGUGCAUCUUGAAAGCAGCAUUAGCUGAAACUGAUGGUGAAUUUUCACUCCAUGAGCAGACAGUCUUACUGCUUUUUCUUGAUCACUGCUUCAAUAGCUUGGAAGUAGACUUAAUACGGAGUCAAGUGCAGCAGCUUAUCUCUCUUCCAAUGUGGAUGGGCUUACAGUCUGCACGGUUGGAAUUGGAAUUAAAAAAGACACCUAAAUUAAGAAAAUUCUGGAACUUGAUUAAAAAGAAUGAUGAAAAGAUGGACCCAGAAACAAGAGAACAGGCAUAUCAAGAGAGAAGAUUUCUGUCACGACUCAUUCAGAAGUUUAUCUCUGUGCUGAAAUCUGUACCACUUUCUGAACCUGUCACUAUGGACAAAGUUCAUUACUGUGAAAGAUUCAUUGAACUAAUGAUUGAUCUAGAGGCUCUGCUCCCUACAAGACGCUGGUUUAAUACCAUCCUGGAUGAUUCGCACCUUUUAGUUCAUUGUUACCUCUCCAAUCUUGUUCAUCGGGAAGAAGAUGGCCAUCUUUUCUCCCAGCUUUUGGACAUGCUGAAAUUCUAUACUGGUUUUGAAAUUAAUGACCAGACUGGAAAUGCACUGACAGAGAAUGAGAUGACUACAAUUCACUACGAUAGAAUUACUUCUCUGCAGAGAGCUGCUUUUGCACAUUUCCCUGAACUCUAUGAUUUUGCUCUCUCAAAUGUGGCAGAGGUGGAUACUCGGGAAUCCUUGAUCAGAUUGUUCGGACCUCUUAGUUCAAAUACACUCCACCAGGUGGCAUCAUACCUUUGCUUGCUACCCACUCUUCCUGAAAAUGAAGACACAACUUUGGAUAAAAAAUUUCUUCUAGAAUUACUGGUAUCUCGUCAUGAACGUCGAAUAUCUCAGAUUCAGCAAUUGAACCAGAUGCCUUUGUACCCAACUGAGAAAAUCAUAUGGGAUGAAAAUAUUGUGCCAACUGAGUACUAUUCUGGGGAAGGUUGUCUUGCACUUCCUAAGUUAAAUUUGCAGUUUUUGACUCUUCAUGAUUAUCUCCUGAGGAACUUUAAUCUCUUCCGCUUAGAAUCAACUUAUGAAAUCAGGCAGGACAUCGAGGAUAGUGUCAGCAGAAUGAAGCCAUGGCAGUCUGAGUAUGGAGGUGUAGUGUUUGGGGGCUGGGCACGAAUGGCUCAGCCUAUUGUGGCUUUCACUGUGGUUGAGGUUGCCAAGCCCAACAUAGGUGAAAACUGGCCAACCAGAGUCCGUGCAGAUGUCACCAUCAAUCUGAACGUCAGAGACCACAUCAAAGAUGAGUGGGAAGGGCUUCGUAAGCAUGAUGUAUGCUUCUUAAUUACUGUACGUCCCACAAAACCUUAUGGCACUAAGUUUGACCGGAGAAGACCUUUCAUUGAACAAGUUGGCCUGGUUUAUGUCCGAGGCUGUGAAAUCCAGGGCAUGCUGGAUGAUAAAGGGCGUGUCAUUGAAGAUGGACCUGAGCCCAGACCCAACCUCAGAGGAGAAUCAAGGACAUUUAGAGUGUUUUUGGAUCCAAACCAGUAUCAACAAGAUAUGACCAAUACUAUCCAAAAUGGUGCAGAAGACGUAUAUGAUACUUUCAAUAUAAUAAUGAGAAGGAAACCAAAGGAAAAUAACUUUAAGGCUGUGCUGGAGACCAUUCGGAACCUGAUGAAUACUGACUGUGUGGUACCUGACUGGCUGCAUGAUAUCAUUUUAGGUUAUGGGGAUCCAAGUAGUGCCCAUUAUUCAAAAAUGUCAAAUCAGAUCGCCACCCUUGACUUCAAUGAUACAUUCCUCUCCAUUGAGCAUUUAAAAGCCAGCUUUCCUGGUCAUAAUGUUAAAGUUACUGUGGACGACCCAGCUCUACAGAUACCCCCUUUCAGGAUCACUUUUCCAGUAAGAAGUGGGAAAGGGAAGAAGAGGAAAGAUGCAGAUGGUGAAGAUGAAGACAUGCAGGAUGCAAAAACUUUAAUUGUUGAACCUCAUGUUAUUCCUAAUAGGGGUCCUUAUCCUUACAACCAGCCCAAACGUAAUACAAUUCAGUUCACUCAUACACAGAUAGAGGCCAUUAGAGCUGGAAUGCAGCCUGGACUAACUAUGGUUGUGGGACCACCAGGAACUGGAAAAACAGAUGUGGCAGUCCAGAUCAUAUCCAACAUCUAUCACAAUUUCCCAGAACAGAGGACUCUGAUUGUUACUCAUUCCAAUCAGGCCCUGAAUCAGUUGUUUGAGAAGAUCAUGGCUCUAGACAUUGAUGAGCGCCACCUCCUGCGUCUUGGUCAUGGAGAAGAAGAGCUGGAAACAGAGAAAGAUUUCAGCAGGUAUGGAAGAGUUAAUUAUGUCCUGGCUCGAAGAAUAGAACUUUUAGAAGAAGUCAAACGAUUGCAGAAGAGCCUAGGAGUUCCAGGGGAUGCUUCUUAUACUUGUGAAACUGCAGGCUAUUUCUUUUUAUAUCAGGUAAUGUCUCGUUGGGAAGAGUAUAUCAGCAAAGUAAAAAAUAAAGGUAGCACAUUACCAGAUGUUGCAGAAGUCUCUACUUUCUUCCCUUUUCAUGAAUAUUUUGCAAAUGCUCCUCAACCUAUUUUUAAAUGCCGAUCAUAUGAAGAAGACAUGGAAAUUGCAGAAGGGUGUUUCCGGCACAUUAAGAAAAUCUUUACUCAGCUUGAGGAAUUCAGAGCCUCUGAACUGCUUCGAAGUGGACUGGACAGAUCUAAAUACCUCUUGGUGAAAGAAGCAAAAAUCAUUGCUAUGACCUGUACUCAUGCUGCCUUAAAACGACAUGACUUAGUCAAGUUAGGUUUCAAGUAUGACAAUAUUUUAAUGGAAGAGGCUGCUCAAAUUCUGGAGAUAGAAACAUUUAUACCUCUUCUUCUACAGAAUCCUCAGGAUGGUUUUAGCCGACUUAAAAGGUGGAUUAUGAUUGGGGAUCACCACCAGUUACCUCCAGUUAUUAAGAACAUGGCCUUUCAGAAGUAUUCCAACAUGGAGCAAUCUCUCUUCACUCGCUUUGUUCGAGUAGGAGUUCCGACUGUGGACCUUGAUGCUCAGGGGAGAGCCAGAGCAAGCUUGUGCAAUCUGUACAACUGGCGAUACAAAAAUCUAGGAAACCUACCCCACGUGCAGCUCCUGCCAGAGUUCAGCACAGCAAAUGCCGGCUUGCUCUAUGACUUCCAGCUUAUCAAUGUCGAAGAUUUUCAGGGAGUGGGAGAGUCUGAGCCUAACCCUUACUUUUAUCAGAAUCUUGGAGAGGCAGAAUAUGUAGUGGCACUUUUUAUGUACAUGUGCUUACUUGGUUAUCCUGCAGACAAGAUCAGCAUUCUAACAACAUACAAUGGACAAAAGCAUCUUAUUCGUGACAUCAUCAAUCGAAGAUGUGGGAACAAUCCAUUGAUUGGAAGACCAAAUAAGGUGACAACUGUUGAUAGAUUUCAAGGUCAACAGAAUGACUAUAUUCUCCUUUCUCUAGUACGAACUAGGGCAGUAGGACAUCUGAGGGAUGUUCGUCGCUUAGUGGUGGCCAUGUCAAGAGCCAGACUGGGGCUUUAUAUCUUCGCCAGAGUGUCCCUCUUUCAAAACUGUUUUGAACUAACUCCAGCUUUCAGCCAACUCACAGCACGCCCACUUCACUUGCAUAUAAUUCCAACAGAACCUUUUCCAACCAGUAGAAAGAAUGGAGAGAGACCACCUCAUGAAGUGCAGAUAAUCAAGAAUAUGCCCCAGAUGGCAAACUUUGUAUACAACAUGUACAUGCAUUUGAUACAAAGCACACAUCAUUAUCAUCAGACUUUCCUACAGCUGCCACCUGCUAUGGUAGAAGAAGGGGAGGAAGUUCAAAGUCAGGAGACAGAACUAGAGCCAGAAGAAGAGCCUGCACCUCCUCAAGCUGACAUUAUACCAAGUUCAACAGAUGGUGGCUCCAGUCAGGAAACCUUGGCUCCUGAGACUGAAAGCACUCCCAGUCAGACUGAGACCACUUCUGGUCAUACAGGAGCCACCUCUGAUUCAGAAGUCCCCCCUGCUCUGUCUGAGGUCACUCCUGCUGUGGCAGAGCCAAUAGAGGAGCCUGAAGAGGCUAACAGCCCUCAAGAUGCCUCCUCCACCCCAGCAGAGUCCAAGUAGCCAAACUUGAAGAUUUCUCAGGACAUUUCAUUUGUAAAGUCACCUUUUUUAUAUUUUACAUUUGUUUCUGUUAAUUUAAUGACACUAGCUAAUUUUCAGAACUUAUUUUUGCUGAUGGAUUUCAGUGUCUGUUCUGUUCCUAGAGAUGAUAAAAGUGUUAUCUAUGUGGA